GAGGAUCGGGAAAGGGCAGCGCCGAGAGGAGAGAGCCGGUAGGCGCAGGACGGCCGAGCGGUGGGGCGCUCGCGCGCGCCUACUGGUGGCCGGAGGAGAAGGCGCCCGCGGACGGUGCCCGCCCCCUCCCCGGGGGAGGCUCGUGCUCCCGCUGCUCGCGCCUGCGCCGCCCGCCGGCCUCGGGAACGCGCCCUCUCACCGGCGCGCGCCCUCGCAGUCACCGCCACCCACCAGCUCCGGCACCAGCAGCAGCGCCGCUGCCACCGCCCACCUUCUGCCGCCGCCACCACAGCCACCUUCUCCUCCUCCGCUGUCCUCUCGCGUCCUCGCCUCUGUGGACUAUCAGGUGAGCCUUGAACCAGGAUGGCUGAGCCGCGCCAGGAGUUUGAUGUGAUGGAAGAUCACGCUGGGACGUAUGGGUUGGAGGACCAAGACCAAGAGGGUGACACGGACACUGGCCUGAAAGAAUCUCCCCUACAGACCCCUGCAGAGGACGGAUCUGAGGAACUGGGCUCUGAAACCUCUGAUGCUAAGAGCACUCCGACGGCGGAAGAUGUGACAGCGCCCUUAGUGGAUGAGAGAGCUCCCGGCGAGCAGGCUGCUGCCCAACCCCACACGGAGAUCCCAGAAGGAACCACAGCUGAAGAAGCAGGCAUUGGAGAUACCCCCACCCCGGAAGACCAAGCCGCUGGUCACGUGACCCAAGAGGAGUUGAGCGUUCCGGGCCAGCAGAGGAAGGCACCUGAAAGGCCCCUGGUCAAUAAGCUUAGUGCUCAUGUCCAGCCUGGACCCUGCGGAGAGGCCCCUGGCGUCUCUGGGCCAUGCCUGGGGGAGAAAGAGCCAGAAGCUCCCGUCCUGCUGACCGAGAGCCUUCCUCAGCACCGUCCUGUUUGCCCAGCGCCUCCUCCAACAGGAGGCCCUCAGGAGCCCUCCCAAGAGUGGAAACCAAAAGGCGGGAACUGGGCCAAGGAGGGUCCAGCCUUUCCGAAGCCCGCCACCCCUGCACAUCUCCACACGGAGCCUGAGAGCGGUAAGGUGGUCCAGGAAGGCUUCCUCGGAGAGCCAGGCAUCCCAAGCCUCAGCCACCAACUCGUGUCCGGCAUGCCUGGGGCUCCCUUCCUGCCUGAGAGCCCCAGAGAGGCCCCACACCAGCCUUCGGGGACAGGACCUGAGGACACGAAGGGUGGCCUCCAUGCCCCUGAGCUGCGGAAGCGCCAGUUUUUGGGAGACCUGCACCCGGAGGAGCUGCCACUGAAGGGGGCCGGGAGCAAAGAGAGGCCAGGGGGCGAGAAGGAGGUGGAUGAAGACCGUGACGUCGACGAGUCCUCCCCACAGGACUCCCCUCCCUCCCAGGUCUCCCCAGCCCAAGAUGGGCCACCUCCCCAGACAUUCACCAGAGAAGCCACCAGUGUCCCAGGCUUCCCAGCAGAAGGCGCCAUCCCCCUCCCAGUCGAUUUCCUCUCUACAGUUUCUGCAGAGACCCCGGCCUCAGAGCCUGACCGGCCCAGUGCAGGGCUGGCCGAAGGGCAGGACGCGCCCCCCGAGUUCACGUUCCACGUGGAAAUCACAGCCAAUGUGCAGAAGGAGCAGGUGUGCUCGGAGCAGGAUUUGGAAAGGGCUGCAUUUCCAGGGGCCCCUGGAGAUGAGGCAGAGACCCGGGGACCCUCUUUGGGAGAGGACACAAAAGAGGCUGACCUUCCAGAGCCGUCUAAAAAGCAGCCUGCCGCUGCUCUGCAGGGGAAGCCCAUCAGUCGGGUCCCUCAACUCAAAGCUCGCAUGGUCAGUAAAAGCAAAGACGGGACUGGAGGCGAUGACAAAAAAGCCAAGACAUCCACACGUUCUUCUGCUAAAACCUUGAAAAAUAGGCCUUGCCUUAGCCCCAAACACCCCACUCCUGGUAGCUCAGACCCUCUGAUCCAACCCUCCAGCCCUGCCGUGUGCCCAGAGCCACCUUCCUCUCCUAAAUGCGUCUCUUCUGUCACUCCCCGAACUGGCAGUUCUGGAGCAAAGGAGAUGAAAUUCAAGGGGGCUGAUGGUAAAACGAAGAUUGCCACACCCCGGGGAACGGCCCCUCCAGGCCAGAAGGGCCAGGCCAACGCCACCAGGAUUCCAGCAAAAACCCCGCCCACCCCAAAGACACCACCUGGCUCUGGUGAAACUCCGAAAUCAGGGGAUCGCAGCGGCUACAGCAGCCCCGGCUCCCCAGGCACUCCAGGCAGCCGCUCCCGCACUCCAUCCCUUCCAACCCCACCCACCCGGGAGCCCAAGAAGGUGGCGGUGGUCCGUACUCCACCCAAGUCGCCAUCCUCCGCCAAGAGCCGCCUGCAGACAGCCCCCGUGCCCAUGCCAGACCUGAAGAACGUCAAGUCCAAGAUCGGUUCCACUGAGAACCUGAAGCACCAGCCGGGAGGCGGGAAGGUGCAGAUAAUUAAUAAGAAGCUGGAUCUUAGCAACGUCCAGUCCAAGUGUGGCUCAAAGGAUAAUAUCAAACACGUCCCGGGAGGCGGCAGUGUGCAAAUAGUCUACAAACCAGUUGACCUGAGCAAAGUGACCUCCAAAUGUGGCUCAUUAGGCAACAUCCAUCAUAAACCAGGAGGUGGCCAGGUGGAAGUAAAAUCUGAGAAGCUGGACUUCAAGGACAGAGUCCAGUCAAAGAUCGGGUCCCUGGACAAUAUCACACACGUCCCUGGUGGAGGGAAUAAAAAGAUUGAAACCCACAAGCUGACCUUCCGUGAGAACGCCAAAGCCAAGACAGACCACGGGGCAGAAAUCGUGUACAAGUCUCCAGUGGUGUCUGGGGACACGUCUCCACGGCACCUCAGCAACGUCUCCUCCACCGGCAGCAUUGACAUGGCAGACUCGGCCCAGCUCGCCACACUAGCUGACGAGGUGUCCGCCUCCCUGGCCAAGCAGGGUUUGUGAUCAGGCCCCCGGGGCGGUCAGUAAUCGUGGAGAGGAGAGUGAGUGAGAGUGUGUGGAAAAAAAAAGAAUAAUGACCCGGCCCCCACCCUCUGCCCCCAGCUGCUCCUUGCAGUUCGGUUAAUCGGUUAAUCACUUAACCUGCUUUUGUUGCUCGGCUUUGGCUCGGGACUUCAAAAUCAGUGGUGGGAAUAAAAGCAAAUUUCAUAUUUCCAAAUUGAUGGGUGGGCUAAUAUUUUUAAGAAAAACACUCAAAAACAUGGCCACACCCAACAUUUCCUAGGGCAAUUCCUUUUGAUUUCCCCCCCUCCCUGUGUAGAAGAGGGAGGAGGAGAGGCUCUGAAAGCUGCUUCUGGGGGAUUUCAAGGGACUGGAGGUGUCCACCACCUCUGGCCCAAUCCAGGGGGUGUUACAGAGGCAGUGGCAGCAACAAAGGAUUUGAAACUUGGUGUGUUUGUGGAGCCACAGGCAGAUGAUGUCAGCCUUGUGUGAGUGUGAUGGGGGGGUGGGGUGGGAGGCAGAGGCAGGGGCUGGGCAAAGGGGAGAGGAAGCCACGUGGUGGAGAGGAGAUGCUGCCCCCCUCCGUGCCACGAUGCCUGCAGCAUCUCAGACGGAGUGGUGCCUGUCCUUUGUGGCUGGGGCCUGCUACGGGUCAGUGUGCCACCCUCUGCUGGGCAGCCUGUGGGAGAAGGGACAGCAGGCAAGAGAAAGCAGGCCAGCCGGAGGGUGGUGCCCCAUGGAUGAUUUCCUUUGGGGAAGACUGACCUUGCCGUCUGAGGGCGCUGGCCUCUUCCUCCCUCUCUGUGGGGGUAGGGGGGGCGGGGGUUGAGCUGAGGGACUUCCCUCUGCUCCACAAAACCCUGUUUUAUUGAGUUCUGAAGGUUGGAACUGCAGCCACGAUUUUGGCCACCUCACAGACCUGGGACUUUAGGGCUAACCAGUUCUCUUUGUAAGGACUUGUGCCUCUUGGGAGACGUCCAUCCGUUUCCAAGCCUGGGCCACUGGCAUCUCUAGAGUGUACAGGGGUCUGGGAAGUGGGUCCCAAGCCUCCUGUCCUUCCCAUGGCCACUGCCAUCACCCGUCUGCCCCGCCGUGCCACUGUCUGCCGUGAGAGCCCAGUCACUGCCUGUACCCUGCAUCAUGUCACCAUGUCCCGAAUUCCCAGCCUCACCACCCACUUAUCAGUAAUGACCCUGGUUGGCUGUGGGAGGUACCUACUCCAUACUGAGGGCAAAAUUAAGGGAAGGCAAAGUCCAGGCACAAGAGUGGAACCCCAGCCUCUCACUCUCAGUGCCAGUCAUCCAACUGGUGUGCCCCUCACCAUGAAUCUCAUGACUGAUUCCGUUCCCUGCCUUCUCCUCCUGUCACAGAUGUGAGCCAGGGCACUGCUCAGCUGUGACCCUAGAUGUUUCUGCCUUGUUGAUAUGGAGAGAGCCCUUUGCCCCCAGAGGGCCUGGCCCCUUCCUGUGCUGAGCUGGCAGCAGGAGGCUAGGUGUCCUGGUUGUCAGUGAUGGCACUAGGACAGGUGGGCAAGGCACCAGGGCAGGCCCACGGUCCCGCUGUCUCCCGCUUCUACCCCAGCUUGUGGCUGCCAGCCUCCCAGACAGCCCAGCAGCUGCUCAGCUUCACAUGCAUAGAAUCAGCCCUCCACACCCCCAAAAAGGGGAACACGACCCCUCGGAAAUGGUUCUUCCCCCCCCAGUCCCAGCUGGAAGCCAUGCUGUCUGUCCUGCUGGAGCAGCUGAACAUAUACAUAGAUGUCGCCCUGCCCUCCCCGUCUGUACCCUGUUGCGUUGUAGUUGGAUUUGUCUGUUUAUGCUUGGAUUCACCAGAGUGACUAUGAUAGUGAAAAGAAAAAAAAAAAAAAAGGACGCAUGUAUCUUGAAAUGCUUGUAAAGAGGUUUCUAACCCACCCUCACAAGGUGUCUCUCACCCCCAUACUGGGACUCAGCUCCAGGAGGCCAGUGUGGCUCCACCCUGCUGGGGCAUCCCAAGUUUGAUAAGGCUUUCAUCAGCAUCUGGGACCCAACAGAGACCAGAUUCUAGCAUCGAAGGAGGCCCUUCAGCUGUGAAGGCCUGAAGCACAGGAUUAGGACAGAAGCGAUGGUGUCCCCCUCCCGACUCCCCCUCACUGCUCUCUGUCAGGGCAGAGAGAAGGCCUCGUGGCUGGCCUGGCUCGCAGCAUGAAGAUGGUUCUCUCUGGUCAAAGCCUGAAGUCCCACCUCCUGCAUCACAAGAAAAAUGAAGCCAGUGCCAGUUGGGGGGAUCUGCAGCCCCCAGAAGCUCCGUGAGCCUCAGUCCACCCCUCAGACUGGUUCCUCUCCAAGCUUGCUCUCCAAGGGGCAGCCCAGCCUCCCACCAAGGGCCCUGCGGCCACAGCAGAGAUUGGGAAGAAUUGUCCUGGAUCUGCUCCAGAGGCCCGAGCUGCCUGCCCGAGGAAGGAUGACAAGUCAGGAGACACUGUUCCCAAAGCCUGGACCAGAGCACCCUCAGCCCGCUGACCUUGCACAAACUCCAUCUGCACCCAUGAAAACAGGGAAGCCGCCUUUGCAGAAAAUUGCUGCCUGAAGAAACUCAGCAGCCUCGGGCCCAAUUCUGCCACUUCUGGUUUGGGUACAGUUAAAGGCAACUCUGAGGGACUUGGGAGCCCAGGGCCUCCAUGAGGGCUGGCAGCUUCAUGUGCAGCUAGAGCUUUCCUUGUAAAGAAGUCUCUGUGCCCAGAACUCUCCACCAGGAGUCUCCCUGCAGUUUGCUGAGUCCCAACAAUUCUCAUAAGCGAAGGGAUCUAAAAAGGAGGAAUUGUGGGGUAGAGAUCUGGUGGUGGGUAGAGACAUGCCCCCCUCAAUACUGCCAACAGUUUUGGCUGCGUUUCUUCCCGUACCUCAGUUCGUCGUCCUGAAGUUCGUAUGCCCUGCUCUUCAUCUUCAGCACCGUAGGCCUUAUAUGGAGGCCUCUGGAAUCUUCCCCUUGUGGGGCAGGCUGUUGGGUCCAGCCUAAGAUCAUGGUUUAGUGUGAUCAGUGCUGGCAAAUAAAUUGCAAAGGCACGCUGGCUUGUGACCUUAAACGAGGACAAUCCCCCUCAGGGCUAGGCACUCCUCCCUUCCCCUUAUUUCUUCCACCUGCAGAGCCAGCGUCCUUGGGUGGGCUAGAUAGGAUAUGCUGUAUGCCUGGCUCCUUCAAGCUGUCAACUCAAUUAUCAAUAGUUCCAUUUAAAUUGACUUUAAUGGUGAGACUGUAUCCUGUUUGCUAUUGCUUGUUGUGCUAUGGGGGGAGGGGGGAGGAAUGUGUAAGAUAGUUAACAUGGGCAAAGGGAGAUCUUGGGGUGCAGCACUUAUACUGCCUCGUAACCCUUUUCAUGGUUUCAACCACAUUUUCUAGAGGGAGGGAGCUGCCAUGGGGUCAGAGGUCCUUGGGGCUUCUCUUUUCCACCAACAGGCUUUCCCAGACAGCUGGCUAGUUCCCCAUUCCCUCCCCAGCAAAGUGCAGGUAGAAAGGCUUGUGUAGGAAUAUGGACAUCUGGUUGCUUUGGCCUACUGCCCUCUUUUAGGGGGUCCUAAGACCACAAUCAUGCCUCCUUAAGACCAUGGCAUCCUUCCCUGUAAGCCAUUGACACCUCUGUGCCACCUCUCACACUGGCUCCAGACACACAGUCUGUGCUUCUGGCAGCUGAGAUCACUCACUUCACCCUCCUCAUCUUAGUUCUCCAAGCAAAGCCAUGAGGUCGGGGCAAGGGCAGAGGUGAUCACCAUCGUGUCCCAUCUACAGACCUUUGGCUUCAGACUUCUGAUUUAUCUUCAGCUUUGAAAAGGGUUACCCUGGGCACUGGCCUAGAGUCUCACCUCCUAAUAAGACUUAGCCCCAUAAAUGUUUGCAGUGUUGAGCAGGACAAUUUCUGGCACUUGCAAGUCCCAUGAUUUCUUUGGUAAUUUUGAGGGUGGGGGGAGGGACAUAAAAUCAUCUUAGCUUAGCUUCCUGUCUGUGAAUGUCCAUAUAGUGUAUUGUGUUUUAACAAAUGAUUUACACUGACUGUUGCUGUAAAAGUGAAUUUGGAAAUAAAGUUAUUACUCUGAUUAAA